CGCCUCCGCGGAGCAGCCGAGCGCCCUAGAGGCCGCGCCAGGGCCGAGCCGGGGUCCCGGCGGCGCAGCCAUGGACAUCCCGCCGCUGGCCGGCAAGAUCGCGGCGCUGUCGCUCGGCGCCCUCCCGGUGUCCUACGCGCUCAACCACGUCUCGGCGCUCUCGCACCCGCUGGCGGUGGCAUUGAUGAGUGCCCUGAUCCUAGGCGUGCUCUUCGUGGCUAUCUACAGCUUGUCCCAUGGCGAGAUCUCCUACGACCCACUCUACGCUGUCUUCGCGGUCUUCGCUUUCACCUCCGUGGUGGACCUCAUGAUCGCCCUUCAGGAAGACGGCUACGUGGUGGGCUUCAUGGAGUUCUACACCAAGGAGGGCGAGCCAUACCUGCGCACGGCGCACGGAGUCUUCAUCUGCUACUGGGACGGCACCGUUCACUACCUCCUCUACCUGGCCAUGGCCGGCGCCAUCCGCAGGAGGAAGAGAUACCGGAACCUUGGACUCUACUGGCUCGGAUCCUUUGCCAUGAGCAUCCUGGUGUUCCUCUCGGGAAACAUUCUGGGCAAGUACAGCUCCGAGUUCAGGCCCUCCUUCUUCCUCACCUUCCCCUACGUGCUGGCCCCAUGCUGGGCCGGCAUGAAGGUCUUCAACCAGUCCCGGGCGCCGCCCUCCUGCACCCCCACCAUGGUGCAACAGGAGCAAAGAAAGGGCCUCCUGCAGCGCCCGGUGGACCUGGCCCUUGUCACAUACCUCAUCCUUGCUGGCUUCUUCACCCUGUUCCGGGGCCUGGUGGUACUUGACUGCCCCAUGGAUGCCUGCUUUGUCUACAUCUACCAGUAUGAGCCAUACCUGCGGGACCCUGUGGCCUAUCCAAAGGUGCAGAUGCUGAUGUGUAUGUUCUACGUUCUUCCUUUCUAUGGCUUGGCCACCUAUGCCCUCACCUUCCCUGGUUGCUCCUGGCUGCCCGACUGGGCCUUGGUCUUUGCUGGAGCCAUUGGCCAGGCUCAGUUCUCGCACAUGGGUGCUUCCAUGCACCUGCGCACGCCCUUCACCUACCGUGUGCCCGAGGACACCUGGACCUGCUUCUUCCUGUGCAACCUGCUGUAUGCGUUGGGCCCCCACCUGCUGGCCUACCGCUGCCUGCGGUGGCCCGCUUUCUUCCUGCAGCCACCGCCCUCCGGACCCCCAGCGCACCAUAAGAAGCAGCAAUGAGGAGGCCAUGGGGCUCCCCAGAACUCUGUUUACACACCCAGCUGGCCCUGCCCUGCGAAGGGUGGGGUGGGUUUUUUGGAGGCAGGAGGGACGUCUCCAGGUGUCUUCAGUCCUGGCUUUGGUGGUUCGAGGCCAGUGGGUAGGAUGGGAGACCGAUGGCCAGGUGUUCCUGCAAAGAGAGCCUCGCACAGCUGUCACCACGCCCCGACCCCCACACGGACUCUUCCACCCCCUCCCAGAAUUUAUCCAUCAUCCCCGCAAGGGUCCUUUUAGUAAAAAUACUUUUGAUGUCCAAAAU